GAGCGUCGUCAUGGCUGCUCAGCGAGCAAUGCCCGCCUCUCCCCUGAGGGUGCUGGAGGAAGCGUUGGGCAGCUUGACCGCUGCCGGGGAUGCCGAAGAAGCGGUGACCGCCGAGGGCGCCUACUACCUGGAGCAGGUCACAAUAACUGAAGCAUCUGAAGAUGAUUAUGAAUAUGAAGAGAUACCAGAUGACAAUUUUAGCAUUCCAGAAGGUGAAGAAGAUUUGGUAAAAGCAUUUCAGAUGGUCCAAGAACAGGCUAUAGACACUCAGCUUUUGGAGCAGAAAACAGUUCUACCUUCAAAGCCUGCAGUACCUGAAGUAAUAGAAGAUUUCCUUUGCAAUUUCCUGAUCAAAAUGGGAAUGACCAGAACUCUUGAGUGCUUUCAGUCUGAAUGGUAUGAGUUAGUACAGAAAGGAGUAACUGAAGUUAGAGAUGCUGGGAAUGUUCCAGAUGUCUACACCCAAAACAUGCUUUUAGAAAAUGAGAACAAAAAUUUGAAGAAAGACUUGAAGAACUACAAACAGGCGGCUGACAAAGCUAGAGAGGACCUGCUGAAAUCUCAGAAAGAGCGUGAUUUUCACCGAAUGCACCACAAGCGAAUAGUCCAGGAAAAAAACAAAUUAAUUAAUGACCUCAAAGGGUUGAAGUUGCAUUAUGCAUCCUAUGAACCAACAAUGAGGGUGUUACAUGAAAAGCACCACACUUUAUUGAAGCAGAAAAUGCUGACCUCCUUGGAAAGAGACAGAGCAGUUGGGCAGAUUUCUGGACUUCAAGCAACAUUGAAGCAUUUGGAAAUAGGGCACAGUUGCCAUGUUCCAAAUAUCAGAGUUGCUCCAAAUUUUGAAAGGGAAAAUGCACCAGAAGGUCCUACCCAAAAAAGUCUUCGUGAAGCCAGGGAACAAAACAAAAGUAAAGCAAGGAUGAAAGAUAAUUUAAAGGAUUCGGAAUUUCCCACUGAUAUACAACCACAUCCAAACUUGUACUUAUAUAAAGAAAACAUUUGCCCAGCAAAAUUUGACUACAAGCUGAACAACAUAUUUAGACUUCAUGAACUUCCAGUGAGCUGCAUUGUCAUGCAUCCCCGCAAAGAUAUCUUAGUCACCUGUGGAGAGGACCACCUUUGGAAGAUGGUGGGUCUCCCCAAAGGCAAUGUGCUUCUCACCGGGUUCGGUCACACUGACUGGCUUUCAGGUUGCUGCUUCCACUUCAGUGGCAAUAAGCUGGCUACGUCAAGUGGUGACUGUACAGUGAAGUUGUGGGAUCUGUCCAAAGGUAGCUGCAUUUUGACCUUUGAAGGACACAACCACGCUGUGUGGUCCUGCUCGUGGCAUUCCUGCGGUGAUUUUGUGGCCUCUUCUUCAUUGGAUACAACAAGUAAAAUAUGGGAUGUUAAUAGUGAAAGAUGUAGGUGCACUUUGUAUGGACACACCGAUUCUGUGAACACCAUAGAGUUUUUUCCUUGCUCGAACACUCUUCUCACAGGUUCUGCAGAUAAGACUCUGUCAAUAUGGGAUGCAAGAACAGGUAAAUGUGAACAUUCUCUCUAUGGUCACAUGCAUUCCAUCAAUGAUGCCACCUUCGCCCCUAGGGGUCACAUGAUAGCAUCUUGCGAUGCCUGUGGUGUUACAAAACUAUGGGAUUUUCGGAAGCUCUUACCAAUUGUGUCCAUUGACGUAGGUCCAAGCCCUGGCAAUGAGGUGAACUUUGAUUCUUCAGGUCGAGUUUUAGCUCAGGCAAGCUGCAAUGGGGUUAUACAUUUGCUGGAUCUUAAAUCCGGGAAGAUUCACAAAUUGAUGGGCCAUGAGAGUGAGGCACACACAGUCGUUUUUUCUCAUGAUGGAGAGAGUCUGUUUUCUGGAGGCUCUGACGGCACUGUUCGAACAUGGUCUUGACCAUCGGUAUAUCCCACUGCAGAGGGCAUUCCUUUUAAGGCUUGGAAGAAAUGCCUCUCAUAGUC